UAUCACUGGGCCAUCAUCGUAGGACCCAAGAACGAAGUCGAAGGCGGAAGGGGUUUUCGAUAUCACCCAAGGCAGAAACUCGAUCCAGCCAGGCCAGGACGCCAUGUAUGGCACUAUGAGGCACUAGAUAUCCCUCUGGCAUAGACCAGUAUGCUACUAGCGCGGGUCAUGAUUGGAAAGGUUGCAAAUGGGGCUCAGAUGGCCGCGACGAUUGCUGCAGUGCCCAUUGUACAGGAUGAUCCAGCGUGGACCUGCCGCAUCUGGGUCAGGGAUGCGAUUGCAGCGUUGGAAGCUGAUGGGAAGAGUUUAGGAACAAGGGUAACGGGUUGGCAGAGAAUUGGGCAAACGUCGAAUACCUAUGUCGCACAGAAGCGACAACAGAGGCGAUAUGAUGGGUCUGGUACGUAGAAGGCGGGUUCCGUGCCGACAUAUGAUCUGUUGGAGGAGAAGGAGGUCAUUCCCUGAAGCGUACCGACAUCUGUACAACAGACUAGACCUAUUUCUAUUUCCGGUU